CCCUUUUUUUGUCUCUCGAUUGCUGUCUCCCGACCAAACUCCGAUGUGUUCCGUUAUCAGCGACCUAAAGCCUGCCAUUCCAGCACCUGUCUUGCUAGGGAUCGGUGGAUAGUAUACGAUUCAGAAAGCAGACAAGGACAUAGGAGGAGAGAGAGCUCUAGAGAGACAGCCAGGGAUAGGCACAGAGAGCUUUGAAGUAAUUGGAUUCAAUGGACGAAAUGCUGCUGUUGACAAGAAUUCUCUUGGUGGGCUUCAUCUGCGCUCUUUUAGUCUCCUCUGGGCUGACUUGUGGACCAGGCAGGGGCAUUGGAAAAAGGAGACACCCCAAAAAGCUGACCCCUUUAGCCUAUAAGCAGUUUAUUCCCAAUGUGGCAGAGAAGACCCUAGGGGCCAGUGGAAGAUAUGAAGGGAAGAUCACAAGAAACUCCGAGAGAUUUAAAGAACUAACCCCAAAUUACAACCCUGACAUUAUUUUUAAGGAUGAAGAGAACACGGGAGCUGACAGACUGAUGACUCAGCGCUGCAAGGACAAGCUGAACGCUCUGGCCAUCUCGGUGAUGAACCAAUGGCCCGGGGUAAAGCUGCGGGUGACCGAGGGCUGGGACGAGGACGGCCACCACUCCGAGGAGUCCCUGCACUACGAGGGCCGCGCCGUGGACAUCACCACCUCGGACCGGGACCGCAGCAAGUACGGCAUGCUGGCCCGCUUGGCCGUCGAGGCUGGCUUCGACUGGGUCUACUACGAGUCCAAGGCGCACAUCCACUGCUCCGUCAAAGCAGAAAACUCAGUGGCGGCCAAAUCUGGGGGUUGCUUCCCCGGCUCGGCCACGGUGCACCUGGAGAAAGGCGGGACCAAGCUGGUGAAGGACCUGAGGCCUGGAGACAGGGUGCUGGUGGCCGACACGGAAGGCCGUCUGCUCUACAGCGACUUCCUCACCUUCCUCGACCGCGAGGACGGCUCCCACAAGCUCUUCUACGUCAUCGAGACUCGGCAGCCGCGUGCCCGGCUGCUGCUGACGGCCGCCCACCUGCUCUUUGUGGCCCCCCAGCAGAACCAGUCUCAGGCGGGGCCCGCCAGCAGCCGGGCGCUGUUCGCCAGCCGCGUGCGGCCGGGCCAGCGGAUCUUCGUGCUGGGCGAGGGCGGGCAGCGGCUGCUGCCGGCGGCCGUGCACCGCGUGUCGCUGCGGGAGGAGGCGUCGGGCGCCUACGCCCCGCUCACCGCCCAGGGCACCAUCCUCAUCGACCGCGUGCUGGCCUCGUGCUACGCCGUCAUCGAGGAGCACAGCUGGGCGCACUGGGCCUUCGCUCCCUUCCGCCUGCUCCAGGGCCUGCUGGCCGCCCUCUGCCCCUCCGCCGAGGGGUCCCCGAUGGGAGAUCCCGAGGCCCCCGGCAUCCACUGGUACUCUCGGCUCCUCUACCGCAUCGGCAGCUGGGUGCUGGAUAGUGACUCUCUGCACCCGCUGGGCAUGAUGGUGUCAUCCAGCUGAGGGGACCCCGCGUCCUCCGGGCCGCCCGCCAGGCUCCGACGGAGAGACAGAGACACGGAGGGGGAGAGAGAGAGAGAGAGAGAGAGAGAGAGAGAAAGA